UGCAUUUGGGUAUAGAUAUGUACCUUUGAGGUACCUAAGGACCUGCGAGUGUAUUGUUUUGGUGAGUUUCAGUCAUUUGGUUUUCCUUUGACAGUUUAAAUAACACUUGUGCAGGUAUUAAACAUAUUCUACGUGUUACAAAAGAAGGACUUUUAACUUAAUAAAACAUUUGAUAGUUGUAAAAUAAUAUACAGUAUUAUCAAAAGUAGCUAUUAUACUUAGCAUCAACAUGAAAAAUUAAUUACUAAUUAACUUUUAAAAUAAAUUAAUUAAAAAUUAGCUGUGCAGGCCAGAUUAAUUACGGUGGCAGGCCAAAUUGAACAUCAGGCCACCGGGUAAUGUCCCAGUGCUCCAUAUAACCAUAAAAUAUAUUUGACCUACAAUAAAAUAAAAUUGUGGCUAGUGAAAAGGGUGAGUGGCAAGUAAUGCUGGACUAUUACUAGCCACAGUGGCUGGUGAUCAAAAAGUUAACGUCAAGCCCUGGUAAUUAACAUGAUAAAUGUUUGAGAACACAAACUUUUCUUCAGUUGAUCAUUAGCGAUCACAGCAGAUUAUGUUUGGUUCUGCAGGUUGCAAUGUCCUGAGUUUUGUUUGCCAAUCUUUUAUCGAUUGUUUUUUGGUUCAAGUUGGUGUUUCCCCAACCAGCGCUGAUGCCGGGGGACCAGAUUGAGUGCUCCGACUUGGCCCCCCCUGGUCCUCGAUCACAGCAGAUGCAGAAGCGCUGUGCAGCCUGGUGACGUUUAUAUUUAAAAGGUGUUGUAAACAGUGCAUUAGCGCCACCUGCUGCUCACUCAGAGCACAAACACUGUUCAGAAACACUUUUUUAUAAUAGUAAUAAUGCAUUUUAUUAAAUGACAACUUUCAGAACGUCACCUCAUAGGCUGGCAAAAAUCUAAAUGGUUACACGAGACCAAAAACAUGUACGCAACAUACACAAAUAAGGUGCAAUAAAGGCUUAAAAAAAAAACAUAUAAAGCCAGGAUAAAAAGAUAUGUCUUAAAGGUUUAGUUCUGCCUAAAAUAAACAUUUACUCAACCUCAAGUGGUUCCAAAACCUUUUUUUCUCAUUAUUUCGAGUAUAAACACAAAACUUGCAAUUGACUUCCAGAGUAGGAAAAACAAAUGCCAUGGAAGUCAAUUGUUUCAGGUUACUCAUAUUAUUCCAGAUAUCUUCUUUUGUGUUUUACAGGAGAACGAAAGUGAAACGGGUCUGAAUGAAACAGUUAAACCAUGGAUAAAUGACAGCAUUCAACAAUCCCGUUGAUUAUUAGAAAACACUUAAACUUGUGCUCAGAGAAAUUGCACAAACAUUUUCAGUUGCAGUGAUUUGUGUGUUGUCUCAAGGAUAUGCCCACAGUCAGGAGAAUCUCAUGAAUAUUCAUGUCAGUGCCACCCUGUGGAACCAAUAUUUCAGGAUAUACCUGUAGAUCACCCAGGUGUGAUUUAGUGAAGCGAAAGAGUUCAAGAGCUUAUAUUGUGUUCCUGCUGCACACGAGUGUCUGUACUUCUGCAUUUGAUGGUGAGCGGCUGAUUGUUUCCUCAAAGCUCUGCUAAUGUUAGCAUUGGUGUUUGAGCUGCAGUAUGGCAGAGGAGCGAGUAAAGGACUCUCUCUCAGAGGAACACAGUGUGAGAUCAGGAUCAUGUGUGUCCAGCUCUGUGUCUCUAAAGAGUGACCGGUCAAAAGAGGGUAUAUUACCAGACCUCAGAGAGAAAACGGCAUCAUCUGACAAAAGUGUGGGAUCAGGCUCAUGUGUGUCCAGCUCUGUGUCUCUGAAGAGUGACUGUUCAAAGGAGGGUAUACUACCAGACCUUAGAGAGGAAACACCAUCAUCUGCCAACAGUGUUGAAAAUGAGUUACCAGAUUCAGAAGGCAAGACUCACAGGAGCCACAAGAGUUUUACAGACAAUCUCCAGUGGAUCUUCCAGAAUCUUGAGAGCAAAAUGAUCAGAUUCAUGAAGAAUGAACUGGAAAAGUUUAGUAAAAUCCUACAAGAAGAAAACAGACAAGACUUUGUAAAGAAGUUUAAUGAGAACAGAUGCAGAAUCACAGAGGCAGCUCUUGAUCUCACACUCUUCUUCCUGAGAGAGAUGAAGCAAGAUGAAGCUGCUAAUACUCUCGAGGAUGAGCUGAUCUUCAUUAAUCAGUUAAAAUGCAGCCUGAAGAAGAAAUAUCAAAGUGUGUUUGAAGGAAUCGCUCAGCAGGGAGACUCCACACUUCUGAAUAACAUCUACACAGAUCUCUACAUCACUCAGGGUGCGAGUGAACAGGUCAACACUGAACAUGAGAUCAGACAGAUUGAAGCUGCUUCCAGACGUCAUCAAACACUAGACAUACAGGUUGAAUGCAAACAUUUGUUUGAAGCACCUGAACAAGACAAGCAGAUCAGAACUGUCCUAACAAAAGGAGUUGCUGGCAUCGGGAAAUCAGUCUCUGUGCAAAAGUUUGUUCUGGAUUGGGCUGAAGGAAAAGAAAAUCAAGACAUCAGCUUCAUCUUUCCUCUUCCAUUCAGAGAGCUGAACUUAAUGGAGAUGAAAAAGCAAAGUUUAAGAGACCUCAUAACUCAGUUUUUUCCAGAGACCAAAGGACUGAACCUUACAAGGACACGAUUCAAAGUCCUGUUCAUCCUUGAUGGAUUGGAUGAAUGUCGUCUUCCUCUGAACUUUGCUGGUAAUGAGAUGUGUCGUGAUGUAUCGACAGCAGUCUCUCUGGAUGUUCUCCUGACGAACCUCAUCAAGGGAAAUCUGCUUCCUUCCGCUCUCAUCUGGAUCACGAGCAGACCAGCAGCUGCCAGUAAGAUUCCUGCUGACUGUGUCGACCGGCUGACAGAGAUACGAGGAUUCAAUGAUGCCCAAAAGGAGGAGUACUUCAGAAAGAGACUCACAGAUCAGAAUCAGGCCAGAGAAAUCAUCGAUCACAUUAAACAGUCAAAGAGUCUCUUUAUUAUGUGCCACAUCCCAGUCUUCUGCUGGAUUUCAGCUACUGUUCUACAGAACAUUUUAAAGGAGAAAAUAAAUAUUGAACUGGAACACAAAGCUCAUGCCAAAACACUGCAGGAAACUCCCAAGACUCUGACACAGAUGUACACACACUUUCUCCACUUUCAGAUCCAGCAGAGCAGACGAAAGUAUGAUGGAGAAAACACACCAGAAGUUUCCUGGGAUCAAAACCUCAUCCUUUCACUGGGGAAACUGGCCUUCCAGCAGCUGGAAAGAAACAAUGUGAUCUUCUAUGAGAGUGAUCUGAAAGACUGUGGCAUUCACGUCUAUAAGGCAUCGGUGUACUCAGGCAUGUGUACCCAGAUCUUUAAGGAGGAGACGGGAAUCAUUCUUGGUACAAUGUACUGCUUUCUUCAUUUAAGCAUUCAAGAGUUCAUUGCAGCCCUUUAUCAACAUCUGCUUCUAGACAUCAACAAGAAACAUUUAUGUAUUUUUAGACAGACUAAUAAAGACAUGAUUAAUUUGCUGAAGACUGCAGUGGACAAGUCUCUGGAAAGUGACACUGGACAUCUGGACCUUUACCUUCGCUUCCUUCUCGGUCUAUCACUCCAGUCCAAUCGACAACUCUUACGAGGCCUGUUGACAAAGCAGGAUGACAGAGACCAGAGCAGACAGGAAAUAAUUGCGUACAUCAAGCAGAAGCUUGAAGAGAAUCUGUGUCCAGAGAGAUCCAUCAAUCUGUUCUACUGCCUAAAUGAACUGAACGACCAAACUCUUGUGAAAGAGAUUCAGUCUCACCUUAGUAGAGGAAGUCUGUCAUCUGCUGACCUUUCACCUGCCCAGUGGUCCGCUCUGGUCUUUGUGUUGUUGACCUCAGAGGAGGAGCUGGAGGAGUUUGAGCUUCAGAAAUUCAAGAAAUCAGACUCAUGUCUAAGCAGACUAUCAGCAGUCAUCAAAUCCUCCAAAAAAGCUCUGCUACAGGGCUGUAAUCUCACUGCUCAGUCUUGUGAGAGUUUGUCUUCAGUUCUACAAUCCUCAAACUGUGUCCUGAGAGAGCUGGACCUGAGUAACAAUGACCUGCAAGAUUCAGGAGUGAAGCUUCUCUCUGAUGGACUGAAGAGUUCAAACUGUAAAGUGGAGACACUGAGGUUGUCUGGCUGUAUGGUGACAGAGGAAGGCUGUGGAUUUCUGUCUUCAGCUCUGAGUUCAAACCCCUCACAACUGAGAGAGCUGGAUCUGAGCUACAAUCAUCCAGGAGAUUCAGGAGUCAAGCUGCUCUCUGAAAAACUGGAGGAUCCAAACUACACACUGAACAAACUCAAUGUGGAUCAUGGAGGUGAGAAGAGGAUUGCAUCAGGAUUGCGGAAAUAUGGCUGUUUUCUCACACUGGAUCCAAACACAGCAAACAAUGAACUCGUUCUGUCUGAGGAGAACAGAGAGGUCAAGUGUGUGAGAGAGAAACAACCGUAUCCUGAUCAUCCAGACAGAUUUGAUUAUACUCAGGUGUUGUGCAGAGAGAGUGUGUGUGGACGUUGUUACUGGGAGAUUGAGUGGAGUGGGGAUGUUGGUGUGUAUAUAUCAGUGUCAUAUAAGAGCAUCAGGAGGAAGGGAGAUAUUGAGUGCGUGUUUGGACACAACACUCAGUCUUGGAGUUUGAUCUGCUCUUCCUCCAGUUUCUCAUACAUGCAUAAUAACACAUGGACUGAUCUCCCAGUUGAGCCAAUCAGCAGUAGAAUAGGAGUGUUUGUGGAUCACAGUGCAGGAACUCUGAUCUUUUACAACAUCUAUAGAGACACAAUGAGCCUCAUCCACUCAGUCCAGACCACAUUCAAUCAGACUCUCUGGCCUGGGUUUUAUAUUGAUCCAGGAUCAUCAGUGAAACUGUGCUGAACACUGAGAGACUGAGUAGAGAUUUACCCAGGAUUAGUCAGUAGUAGUAAGACGAUAGAGAACAGGGGUGUCAAACUCAGUUCCCUGCUUCAACAAACUUACCUGCAGGUUUCAAACAAACCUGAAAGACUCAAUUAGUUUUAUCAACUUUGUUUAUGGUUGGAAAGAUAGGCAGACAUUUGGAUAUUUCACCUUUAACAGUGCAUAACAUUAUUACGAAAUUUAAGGAAUCUGAAGAAAUUUCAGUGUGUAAAAAACAAGGACGCAAGUCUAAGCUGAACGACCAUGAUCUCCGAUACCUCAGGCAGCACUGCAUCGAGAACCAUCAAUAAUCUAUAUACAGUAUCACCACAUGGGCUCAGGAGUACUUAGGCAAACCUUUGUCAAGUACUACAAUAUACUGUAUACAUCCACAAAUGCCAGUGAAAACUGAACUGUGCCAAAAGGAAGCCCUAUGUUAACUUCUCUGGGCUCAUAGGCAUCUGGGAUGGACCAUCACACAGUAAAAACGUACUCGGUUCAGAUGAAUCAGUAUUUCAGGUAAUUUUUGGGAGAAAUUGAUGCCUUGUGCUCUGGACCAAAGAAGAAAAGGAUCAGACUGUUAACAGCAACAAGUCUAAAAGCCAGAGUUUGUCAUGGUCAAAUGUCCUUGGCAAUAAUAACUUGCACUUCUGUGAUUGCACCAUUAUUGAUGAAGUACAGAGAUUUUAGAACACAAUCCGCUACCUUCAAGAAGACAUCUUUUCUAGGGAUGCCUAUGCAUAUUUCAACAAGACAAUGCAAAACCACAUUUUGCACACAUUACAAAGUCCUGGCUGCAGAGGAAGAUGAUACAGGUUCUUUACUGGCCUGUCUGCAGUCUCAAUCGGUCCCCAAUAGAGAAUAUGUGGUGCAUUUUGAAGCGAAAAAUACAACGAAGACCCCUUACUGUUGCCUACCUUAAGACUUGCUUGCAGGAAGAAUGGGACAAAAACACUCACUUGGUGUCUUCCGCCAAUUAAUGUCUUUUGUGUUGUGAAAAAGAAUAGCAACAUUAAAAUGUGGUAAAUGCAUUGAUGUUCUAACUUUAUGGAAAUGUGUUGGAUGAACCAAAAUUGGAAUAUGUGUUCAAAAUUAAACCAUAAAAACCAUGGAGCAACACAUUAAAUAACGUUUGUUGUAUUGUCUGCAAUGAAAUACAAGUCAAAGUAAAUCUAGAAAUCAAUACUUUAUUUUUUAUGUCCAUACUGUCCAAACUUUUUCUGACUUGGGGUUGUAAUGUCAUCAAUUAUUGCUCAAAAUUACCUUUUUAUGAUUUAUUGAGAACAUGUCAUUCAUGUGUAUAUCUUUAUUUCUUUUAUAUUUUAAUAUUUGAGCACGAAUAAUAAAAGAAUUUAAAAUCAA